UAUUUUUAUCCAACACAAGCAACACCUCAUUUCUUCCAAUUCAUUUAUAGUUUUUCAGUUCUUGUAUGAACCCAUGAGAGCCAGCCCAAUCUAGCAUCAAAUAUUCAAUCUCAGCCUGAAGACUUCUCAUUUUUCCGGCAUCAUUUUUGCUAAGAAAAAGAAAAAUGGCGCAAAUCCUUGCACCUUCGAUGCAAUGCCAAAUGGGAUCUGCAAAAAUUUCCAUUAAAGCAGGGCCUGUGACUGCAAAAAUGUGGAAUUCCCUUGUCUUAAACCAUAGACUUAGCGGAAGAAACAGCUUCAAAAGUGCCAGCAAAUUUAGAGCGUUCUCUGUGAAAGCUGCCAGUGAUAAUGGCGUUGUUAAUAGAUUAGAAGACCUCCUGAAACUGGAUCUCACUCCCAUCACCGAUAAGAUCAUUGCAGAGUAUAUAUGGAUUGGAGGGUCAGGAACCGAUCUUCGUAGCAAGUCAAGGACCAUAUCUCGGCCUGUUGAAAGUGCAUUAGGGCUUCCGAAGUGGAACUACGAUGGAUCGAGCACUGGUCAAGCUCCUGGUGAAGACAGUGAAGUGAUUUUAUACCCACAGGCUAUUUUCAAGGACCCAUUUCGUGGAGGCAAUAAUAUUCUGGUAAUUUGUGAUGCUUAUACACCAGCUGGAGAACCACUUCCUACGAAUAAGAGAUACAGAGCUGCUCAAAUAUUUAGUGAAAAGAAGGUCAUAGAUGAAGUACCAUGGUAUGGCAUUGAGCAGGAGUAUACAUUGCUUCAACCAAAUGUAAAGUGGCCUUUGGGUUGGCCAGUGGGAGGCUACCCUGGACCCCAGGGACCAUAUUACUGUGGAACUGGGGCCGACAAGGCGUUUGGGCGUGACAUUUCAGAUGCUCACUACAAAGCGUGCUUAUACGCAGGGAUCAACAUUAGUGGUACUAAUGGUGAGGUCAUGCCUGGUCAGUGGGAGUAUCAAGUUGGUCCAAGUGUGGGUAUUGAUGCAGGAGAUCACGUAUGGUGCUCGAGAUACCUUCUUGAGAGAAUUACAGAGAUGGCAGGUGUCGUUUUGUCCCUGGAUCCUAAACCAAUUGAGGGCGACUGGAAUGGUGCUGGAUGCCACACAAAUUUCAGUACCAAGAGCAUGAGAGACGAGGGAGGUUAUGCAGUGAUUAAGAAGGCAAUUCGCAACCUCUCUUUGCGCCACAAGGAGCACAUCGGUGCCUAUGGAGAAGGCAAUGAGCGGAGGCUAACCGGGAAACAUGAGACUGCCAGUAUCGACACAUUCUCUUGGGGAGUUGCUAAUCGUGGUUGCUCAAUCCGAGUGGGGCGUGAAACAGAGAAACAAGGGAAAGGAUACUUGGAGGAUCGACGACCUGCCUCUAACAUGGACCCAUAUGUUGUGACAUCGCUCCUUGCUGAGACGGCAAUCUUGUUUGAACCAACCCUAGAAGUCGAAUCUCUUGCGGCUAAGAAACUUCAGUAGCAGGUAUAGGGCAAAAAAUGCAAAGAACGAUGAAUGAGUUGUCCACUCAUUUCAAAUGAGCAUGUAGCCUUAAAGAGACGUUACCAAUGUAGAUUUGUGCUCAAAGAUGGCCGUUAAGUACUCCAUUGCUGAAAAUUUCAAGCCGCUGAAGAAGAUAAGAAUAAUCAGGACUGUCAUGGCUUUGAGCUUGCCCUGUAUUAAUUUUUGACCAUGGGCAUAUGUAUUUUGAUUGUUUUAGCAUUGAAGAUGAGAACUUCUGCCAUUGAAGGAUGUGAGGCCAUAAUUCAAAUUUGUCAUGUUUGACUUAGUUUAUAAUAUACCAUGCCCCAUAAACUUUACUGGUUAUGGAAGUUGGGAAUUUUUAUUGGA